AUGGACGAAGAUGAUGGAGACGGGGCCGCCGCUGCCGCCGCCGGGGAGGACGUCCACGUGAUGUUCAGUUUGAUGAUGCGCGACGUGGGAGGCGGGGCGCGGUGUCUCACGUCCGGCAAGGUCGCCGCCGCCUUCGGCCGGAAGGGGGACGCGUGCGGCUACGAGCGCUUCGUCUCGCGCGAGUACUUCGUGGAGUUUUUGAAGAACGGCGAUCGCUUCGCGAUCCGAUGCGAAUGCGACUCGUUGCCGGAGAUGACCAUGAACUCACUGAAAGAAGGAGCCGUGCUCGCCGAGGAUCUCCUCAUCGCCGCCGGCCGGUACAACCUGAAGGAUCUCAAGUCACUGACGGAGAACAAGCUGUGCAGCCAUGUCUCCGUGAGCACGGUCCUGCUGAUGCUGGCAAUAGCGGAGCAAUACCAGUGCUGCAAGCUUAAGAAGAUGUGCCUAGGGUUCAUCGGUUCUAGAGCCAACGCGUGGGCGAUCAUGGCGACGAACGACAUUGAGAAUCUGGCAAGAAGCAGCCCCUCCGCCGUGAAGGAUGUGAUCAUUGAGAUUUUGAACACAAGGAUGGCGAGGAGCAAGCAGAUGCAGAUUCUUCUAGAGAAACACUACGGCAAGCUUAACACUGGCCUGUAUUGA